UUCCCAAGAUACGUCAUCACAUUCUCAUUUUUUGGAAAAAUCUUGGGAAAUGAUUUUGUCCAAAAUCUUUUACUCCGUCUAUAGAAAUUACUAAUUCGAGUAUCUUCAAGGAAAAGCACAGGGGCACAACCUGCAAAUCUUUGCUAUUUUCGGGGCCGAGAGAAUUUCAGUUUCAAAAAAAAAAGAAAAAGAACUAGGGCUUCCGUUUCAAUUGCCGGACCUCUCGGUUUGAUGUCGUGGUCGUAACAAUUCUUCGAUUGGUGAUGAAGGCGGUCAAUAUCCAGCCACUUCAAGCUCUUCCCUACGAGGAAAACGAUGACGUCGUCGGAGGCGGUGAUUACGACGACGACGACGGAGGAUUUGAUGGGGAGUCGGAGGAUGGACACGUGGCGCCGGUGAAUGCUUCUGACGGGUGCCGCCGUCGACGUGGCGGCGGCGGGGUUGCUGCGGCGGCGGCGUCGAGGACUAGUGAGCUGACUCUCUCUUUUGAAGGAGAGGUUUAUGUGUUUCCUGCUGUUACGCCUGAGAAGGUGCAAGCAGUGCUCUUGCUUUUGGGAGGGCGUGAAAUACCUACUGCUGUGCCUACAGUUGAUGUUCCAUUUGAUUCAAACAAGAAGGGUGUGGAUAAUAACCCCAAGCACUCAAAUCUUUCACGAAGAAUUGCCUCGCUGGUUAGGUUCCGUGAAAAACGGAAGGAGAGAUGUUUUGAUAAGAAAAUCAGGUACACCGUGCGAAAGGAGGUUGCUCAAAGGAUGCAUCGCAAAAAUGGUCAGUUUGCUUCAUUAAAAGGAAAUUCAGCAUCUUCUAGUUGGGAUUCGACCAACACUUGCCUUCAAGGAGAUGGCACACCUUGUCCAGAAACUGUUUUUCGAAGAUGUCAGCAUUGUGGUGUUGGUGAAAAUUCUACUCCUGCAAUGCGUCGUGGCCCUGCUGGACCUAGAACACUUUGCAAUGCGUGUGGACUUAUGUGGGCAAACAAGGGAACUCUGAGAAACCUGAACAAGGGAGGGAGGAAUCUUUGUUUCGACCAAAUAGAACCGGAAACCCCCAUGGAUAUUAAGCCUUCAAUCGCGGAGGGACAAAAUUUCCAUGGGAACCAGGAUGAUCCUGGAACUCCUGAAGACCCUUCUAAGGUCAUAACAGUAGUAACUGAUAAUCCUUGUAUCAGUCCAGAUGAGGAAGAUUUGUGUGGAACUGCUGAAGCAAAUAGUUUUCCAGGAGGAAUUGUCCAUUCUUCAAGCAACAUUGAUGAGCAGGAAACCUUGGAUGAGCUUGCAAAUACUUCAGAGACUGAGAUGGACAUUCCUGAUAGCUUUGUAUCAUAGGAGCGGGAACUUGUUCUAGCUUCGGAUGUGAAUGACAUAAAUACUGAUUAUAGACUCUCAUUUCCUGGGGGAACGUAUUUCUGGUCGGCCCGACAUUAAACAUCCGGGGUUGCUUAAUGUUGAUAUUUAAGUUUUAGAUCUUGUUUGUUUAUUGUGUUCUUUAGAAAAUGUUGAGUGCCUUAACCAAUCUAUAUAGGAUCGUUGUAUAUAGGCUUGAUUCUCAUCGGAAUGUAUUGAAUUUUCCUUUGGGGGUACACGUGUUUGACCUCUUUUUUAUGCAAUUCUUUUAGGUUUUGAGAGGAGCAACUGAAUAUAUUGUUUUUCUCCUCCUUUCUGAUUACUUUUAUGUUAAAGGCUGUAAAUAUAAUGAACAAUAAUUGCUAUGGAUGUUCUGCGAAA